UUGGGUGCUGUUCAGUCUCAUGUGUGCAACGCUUCGAGUCGGUAGUGUACGGUAGUCGCUAGUCAAUAGUCGGAUAGACACUAUAUAUAAUGUGAUUGCCAUCGGCAUCUGUGAAGACUGUGAAAAACAUCUGUAGCACAGAUCGAAUCUGUAUCCGCACAUCUUAUUGAAUCACCUCAAUACUCGCGCACCGAGCCCCAUUAGCGGCCCCGCAGUGGACAGUGGAGAGUGGCAUCGUUCGAUACAAUGCGUCUGUUUGUCUCUCUGUGGCUGCUCGUCACGCUGGUCAGCACAGCUCUGGCGAUUACCUGCUUCGAAUGCGAUUCCGUCAACGAUCCCGGGUGUGGGGAGAUUUUCUCGGGCGAUGACAUAGCCAAGACGGAUUGUAAUGCCGUCGAAGUCCUGGCCGACAUGCGAUCCUACUACCCCCAAGGCGCGGAGCCCACUUGCCUGACCAAGUACUAUGAGGGCAUGCCUGGAAGUUCGCGUUUCGUUCGGCGCUCCUGCUUUUUUGGCGACUCCUCGCCGGCGGGCUUCAGCUGCGACGUGUCCCCGGAUCCAUUGGUGCCGUAUCAGAAUUUCCUCGGCUGUACCCUCUGCAACAGCAAUCUAUGUAACGCUGCCAGCAGCAGUCUACCCUCCAUGUUGCUUUCUUUUGUUUUCUGUGUUUUUGGUUUACUUUUGUGGCGCACAAACUAACAGGAAAAUGGAGCACAUAGAGUUACCGUCUAAGAAAUAUGCGGAAUGCAUAGUUAGCCGUUUCUGUCAAACGAAGAAGCAUAAGGAACGCAUAGAGCAGCGAUUAUAGAAUUUUGUUUUUAGCUACAAUCUUUUUUGAAAACAAGUACUUAGAUUAUUUUUUUUUUUUAAUUUCCAUUUAUUUGAUUUUGUUUCCGUUGUUUUUAUACAUCCACUAAAAUGAUUUAACAUACAUAUAUAUAUUUUUAUA